AUGGUAGUUAUUGGGUUAUUUGUUAAAGCUGAGCUAGAAAACGCCUCUGAAGUCAAGGUUGGACCCGACCAUGUGUGGAGCCUGAACCUUAAGGAAUCAGAUGGCUUCGAAAAGAGGGACAAUGUGACCCUAUCGGCUACAGAGUUGGCAGAUACUGGGAACAGCAGAAACUCAGUAAAUUUGUGCGUAAAUUUCAAGGAAUCCAGAAGAAAGGCGACAAUAACACUCCGCAACGUGAAGGACGUCACGAGGGACUUUUUCCCAUACAACAACGAUUACUCCUGUUUAGUUGCGUUCGACUGCCGCGGAGUUGAUAUCAUGUCCUGGAAUCCCAACGGAGGAUACUCGGUGGUUUGUGACAGUGGGAACGUCAUCGAUGACGUGACCUUCGAGGACGGCUCCUGGGUCGGAUACGACGAGAAAUCUGGAAAUUGUGUGUCAGUUUUGAACCUGGAGUAUGAACUAAAGGUCAUUCCAUAA